CUCUGUUUCACCUUUCUUCUACUCUGGUUUAAAUAUGCUAAGUUGUUAAUUGUUGUUUCCACCUUUCUUUUUUGACCUUUUCUUGGAAUCAAAGCUCACUUCUUCGUUGCUUUCUGCCUCAAUUUCAGCACUUCUUUUGAUUGUGUGUGCGUGUGUGUGUAUGUCUGUGCGGAAGCUUGUGUAUUGGGCCAUCUCUUAUUCUUGCAUCAAGAUUUUUGUGGGUUUUUUAUUUUUUUAUUAUUCUGACCCUGUAAGGAAAGAUUCCUAAUCUGGGACUUGAUAUGUUUAUGUAUACCAUGUAGGCUCCUGGGAAGAUAAGGUUGAAGUGAAAUAUUAUGACUGAUAAUCAUGGAAAUAGAAGUGCAAGCUCGAGCUCGAGUUUGAAUAGUAGUUCACAUGAUACAGAGGAUGAUCAUACAAUUGCUGCUAUAUUGGCCGAGGACGAAAGAUUGAGACAUGAUGGCAAGCUUGGGAAGAGGCUGUCUCAUUUGGACUCGAUCCCGCACACUCCUCGGGUCAUUGGGGAUAUACCUGAUCCAAAUGACGCAACCUUAGACCAUGAGAGGCUAGCUGAAAGGCUGACAACAUAUGGCUUAGCUGAAAUGCAAAUGGAGGGAGAUGGAAAUUGUCAGUUUCGAGCCAUUUCAGAUCAGUUAUUUCAGAGUCCAGAUUACCACAAAUAUGUAAGAAAGGAGGUCGUCAAACAGCUAAAACGCCACAAAAGACUAUAUGAAAGUUAUGUCCCCAUGAAGUACAAACACUAUUUGAAGAAGAUGAAAAGGUUAGGAGAAUGGGGAGAUCAUGUCACUCUACAAGCAGCCGCAGACCGAUUUGAAGCAAAGAUCUGUUUGGUCACCUCUUUUCGGGACACCUGCUACAUCGAAAUCCUCCCGAAGGACAAAAGCCCUCUUAGAGAGUUGUGGCUGAGCUUUUGGAGCGAAGUUCACUACAAUUCCUUGUAUCAAGCUGGAGAGGUUCCUACAAGAACACAGAGGAAGAAGCACUGGCUUUUUUAGAUUUCGGAACUAGGAAAUUUAUUUAAUUUCCAAAGUAUUUCAUUUCUCAAGAUAUUUUAGUUUGUACCUCUAAAUCUUCACUCAGAUUGUCUAUCUAAACUCUCCAUAUAUAUUAUAAAUUGUAUUUGCUCUUUU